AUGCAGCACAAAAGCUAUAAAUUGGGUUUACAGGGCAGGCGAACGGCAUUCUGGAUCCUACAGAAGGGUGACGGCGACACAGAUGUCAGCAUCGGCAUCGAUCGGAUCAUGGCAAUCGGGGACAUUGAUCUGUGCGUCACCAUCAAAGGGAUUUCCUUCCUCCUGCAGACUGGCCUUGGGAUCAUCGGAAAUCUGCUGGUGCUCCUGGCGUAUGCCCACAUCAUAUGGGCAGAGCGUCGCCUGCAGCCGGUGGAUGCCAUCCUGUGCCACCUGGCCUUUGCCAACCUCCUGUUGCUGCUCACCCGCUGUGUCCCCCAAACCAUGACGGUCUUCGGCCUGCGUGACCUCCUGAAUGACCCCGGCUGCAAGGUGGUCAUCUACACCUACAGGAUUGCCCGCGCCCUCUCCGUGUGUGUCACCUGCAUGCUGAGCGUCUUCCAGGCUGUGACCUUGUCCUCCGCUGCUGGCCCACGUUGGGUCAGGCUCAAGGCCCAGCUUCCUCGCCUGGUCCUGCCCAUUUCUGCUGGCCUGUGGCUCCUCAACAUGGCCGUCUGCAUCGCCGCCCCCUUCUUCUCCAAGGCCCCACGCAAUGGCACUGUUCCUGCCUUCACCCUCAACCUGGGCUUCUGCCACGUAGACUUCCGGGACAGCCUGUCCUACGUCAUCAAUGGGGCAGCUCUCUCCAUCCGCGACUUCUCCUUCGUGGGGCUGAUGCUAUGCUCCAGUGGCUACAUCCUGUUCGUCCUGUACCGCCACAGCCGCCGGGCCAGCCGGAUCCAGAGCUCCGCUCGUCGUUCGGGGGGCGACGCGGCCGAAACCAGGGCCGCCAAGACCGUCAUCACCCUGGUCAUCCUCUACACUGUCUUCUUCGGCAUCGACAACGUGAUCUGGAUCAACAUGCUGACGGUGGCCAAGGUCUCCCCUGUCGUGGCGGACAUGAGGGUGUUCUUCUCCUCCUGUUACGCCUCCCUCAGCCCUUUCCUCGUCCUCACAUCCAACACCAAGAUCAAGGCCAGGAUGGUCUGUGCGGCCACCGAAAACCAGCCACAGUCGUCCUCCAACACUGAGGAGUCCACCGACAAGGUCUGA